CACCGAGGCCCCAAACUUCAAGAACAUUCAUCACUCAUCAUGUCCCACGCUUCAGUGCAUCUCUUCAACGAAGACAGCGACAACAUAAACCUCGGAGUUAUCAGUGUGGGUCUAGACUCGGGAAUAUGCAGACUUCCGAGCUGACCUGAAGUUCAAACGCCGAAAUCUCAAAACAUAAAGCAAAACGCCCGCGCUCCAACACCUCCGUGAACCCUGAUCGUCCACCCCAUUGUAGGCUACAAUAGACGCCCCUCCUUUAAUGGAUCCUUCUGCUUCGGGUAGCGAGCCACAAACGGCGGGAGACACCGGAGGCCGUCCCCUUAAAGCCAACAAGGCCAACAAGGCAUGUGUGCCCUGCCGUGCACGCAAGGUUAAGUGCGAUGCCGCCGUGACUGGUCUCCCCUGCAGCAGCUGUACGAGCAGACGGGGUGCCAAGGACUGUGUACUGCCGGUCCGUAAAGGCCGGACCAGGAAAGUGAUACAUGCUUCACCAACUCCUAGCUAUAUUGCAGGCAUCUCGGCUACAUCCAGUGGAAGCAAGUUAGAAAAUCUCAGUCAAUAUAAUCAAUCAAAUCAAUCAAAGCCGCCUACUAGUUCCAAUUCCCUAGACUGCCAAAGCCCACGUCAGGCUGAGCCAGACCUGCUCUACCUCAAUAUCCUGAAUGACGCCGUGAAAGAAAGUCCAGAGUCCAGUGGACACCACAACGCUUCCAGCACCCCCUACCGUAUAGCAUCGGAAGCUAGUUCUACUCUGCGGAACUUUCCACGGACCGAGCUUCCCCAACUAGACAACAUUGACAAUGAGUAUCUUCUCAAGAAGGGUGUCUUUGAUCUACCUCCUUCACGCCACUUAGAUACCCUCAUCAAGACAUACUUCGACCACGUUCACCCUUUUGCUCCCGUGCUCAAUAGAGCUGAUUUCGUUCGAGGGUAUCAAUCCGGCAGCUACUCGCUGUUCCUGCUCCACGCCAUAUUAACACCAGCCAGCCUCCAUGUGCCAGCAGAUGUGCUAUCUGCUUGCGGCUUUGCCAACCGUUCAGUCGCGCAAGAGUCGUUCUUCUCCAAGGCUAAGCUGCUCCACGACUUUACUGCUGAAGGUGACCUGUUGUUGAUGCUGCAGGGUUCCAUCAUCUUGUGCAUGGUGAUUCUCGACCACCCCACGGACCGAGACUUUGGCUAUUGGUUCCACAACGCAAUUCGUCUUGCCACAAAACUUGACCUAUGCAACACGUGUGUUCAAGAAGACAAACCUCGCAAAGUCUUAAAGUUAUACAGAAGAAUCUGGUGGGCUCUUUACUCUUUAGACAUUUUCCAUGUCUUUAUCAAUACCAGACGCUCACGACUACUAGAAAACACCUCCGUCAUCAUGCCUAGGACGGAAGAUGACUGGGAACCGGAGGAUGCCUCGGGAGCGUCGUCCGGCUUACUAUCUGCGGUAACGCCCCAGCAAAAGGCCUCCCCUGUUGUCCACUGCGAGUUGGCUCAAAUAUUCGGACAGUGUUUGUCCAUUGUGACCAACAAGCCACAACAGGAUCCUCGCCAAAUGAUGCACCCACUCGAUACAUGGCGCACAUCUCUCGCUACUAAAAUGCACGUGGUUGGGAAUACUGGAAUUGACGUGUACUAUCUGAAUAUCCAAGCCUUAAGCUACAGGUUUGAGUGCGUCUUGUGUCGUUUGAUACGACGGCAGUCCCGACAUGCGGACUGGAACGAGUGGGCCAAGCAGCGACUUCGGUCCGCUAUUCUGGAGUUGGACACGAUUGCUAUGAGGGUGUUGGCUGGUGGUACCCUCCAGGACUUUCCCUCAUCUUUCGUAACCACAAUAACUGCGCUGCUUGCUAUACAUAUCGAAUCGGCACUCGAUCCAGCAGAGACAGACCUCGUCCGUUCUAUGGCUCGGAUAUCUAUCAGCCAUACAAUGCUUGUUCUCACCCAGGGAAAAGAUAUACCCGUCCUGAAGAGAGCGCUGCCGAUAUUUGAGAAGAUUCUUGCCAAGCAAAAUCUGUACUUCGUUCCGCCUGAUAAUCAAGUUUCUGCGCAGUCACAGCCACAAGACAGCAGCAUGGUGGAUGCAUACGCUUUGCCCCAUACACAGACCAGCGUAGUCUCGUCUCAACCGGAGCAGUAUGAGAACAAUCCGUCGCUCGAUAUGGAUUUCCUAGGUUUUGAUUUCCUGGACGAGUGGCAGAUUGGACAACUGGAUUUUACUGGUCGAUACUGACAUGGGUUUCCCAAGAACAGGCAACAUAAGGCACAAGCAUUAUUUGGGGCAAUUUAACAGUAUUGGAAUCUAUUAAAACAUAAAACUUG